AUGUCUUUGACAACGAAAGAGGACCUAACACUGUUGCAUACGCGUCUUAAGGCGCAAUACGUUGCCGUGUAUGAUCUGAAGGAUGAUGCUGGAAAUUUAGUCUAUCCGAUCUUCAAUACAUGUCCACCAAAGAAAGACUACCCUGAUUAUUACGCUGUAAUUACGAAUCCUGUAUCGUUGAACACUUUGAAGAAGCGUGUCCCGCAUUAUACAGACCCACAGGCAUUCAUCGACGAUAUCGUGAGAAUUCCAUGGAAUGCAAAGACUUAUAACACAAAGGAUUCCAUUAUUUAUGCUUAUGCGGAUAUCUUGGAAAAGUUUUUAAAAGAAAAGAUUGUCCCCACUUUGAAAGAGUUUUACCCCAAUGUUAGAUAUCCAUAUUUAGGCCCUUUACCUGAUCCUGAUGAUGAAGCAGAACAAUUGAAGUAUAAGAUUGAAGAACCAAAAAUUGUUACGAAGGAACCAAAAGUACUUAAAGAAAAGGAAAACGGGAAGAACGAAGAAGUUAAGAUAAUAUCAAGAUCAAAACGUGAAACGCAAUCCAACACUUCACAAGGCAAACAUCUAGAAGAUGAACAACUUGAUAAUACAGCGGAUGAGAAGGAAAAUAAUGAUAAAGAUGAUGAUGACGAUGGUGAAUAUGUCGAACCAAAAAUAAUUACUCAGCGACUUAGAACUUUGAAGGCACCUAUGCCCCAACGUUAUUCACCAAUUUCUGAACAAUAUUCCAGAUCAAUUACUCCUUCUGAAACGUAUAACCAUAAACCUGCAAAAGUUAAAACACAUAUAAAGCGUGGUAGACCACCAGUCAUUGAUUUACCAUACGUUCAAAGAAUUAAAAAUGUUAUUAAAAAUCUAAGGAGAGAAUUUGAUUCAACAGGUGCGCCAAUCACUUCUCAAUUUAAUAGAGUGCCUCAUGAUACAAGAUAUAGACAAAUGGUGCCCAAUCCCAUGUCAUUAGAUGAUAUAAGAAAGAAAAUUAAAAUGAGAAAAUAUAAACAAUUCCAACAAUUUGAAUUUGAUUUCAAAUUGAUGGUGGCGAAUUUUAAACUCUAUCAUAGAUCAGAUCCAGGAAUGCUUGAAUAUGCCAAAUUGUUGGAGAAGUGGUAUGAGAAAUUUUCACGUCAAGAAUUAGCUAAACCAGAUAGAGCAUAUUUGCCUGAGGGUCACGCAAGAAUGCCAAUGGAUUCUGUCAACUUUAAUGGUGUAACAUACAAUAUCGGUGACUGGGUACUAAUAAAGAAUCCAAAUGAUCCAAAUAAACCCAUCGUUGGUCAGAUAUUUAGACUUUGGAAAACAAGCGAUGGUGAAGAAUGGUUAAAUGCAUGUUGGUAUUACAGACCAGAACAAACCGUGCAUAGAGUGGAUAGAUUAUUUUAUAAGAAUGAAGUAAUGAAGACUGGGCAAUAUAGAGAUAAUCUUGUGAAGGAUAUUGUCAGUAAAUGUUUUGUUGUUCAUUUUACAAGAUUUCAACGUGGGGAUCCUGCAGUUAAAGUUGAUGGUCCUCUUUUUGUAUGUGAAUUCCGUUAUAAUGAAAGUGAUAAGGCAUUUAACAAAAUUAGAACUUGGAGAGCUUGUUUACCGGAGGAAAUUCGUGAUCAAGAGGAGGAAACUAUUCCUGUAAAUGGUAGAAAGUUCUUUAAAUAUCCAUCUCCGAUUAGACAGUUACUUCCAAGGAACGCAUCUGAACAUGAUCGUAUUCCUCAGGCUACUAUGGGUGCUCCAAAUGCUCCUCCUUUGGUAGGGGCUGUUUAUUUAAGACCUAAAUUAGAUAGAGAUGAUCUCGGUGAAUACUCGACUUCAGAUGAUUGUCCACGUCAUAUUAUAAGACCAGGAGACCCAAGAGAAUCAGGGAAAAUCGAUUUAGAGACAGGUACAAUUUCUUUUGAUCCGUCAAUGAUGCAUAUUCCAAGAUCAAGCGAAUCUAAUCUACGACUUGAGAACAUGAAUAUUAAUUCAUCUAGAAAUACACCCAUCUAUAACCCCCCAAAUGGAAUGCAAGAAUCUUAUUAUCAAGGUAAUCAAAUGGUAUCCAGUAACCCAUCCACUACUUCAAUUUCAGAUAUUGUGGGGAAUGGACCCUUAACGAUAGAAAAAUUAAGGCAGAUUGAAAGAUACAAGUUGAAGCAACAACUUCAACAACGACAACAACUGAAAAAAUCUCAAGCCUCUAAAUAUAAUAAGACAAAUGUUUUGGAAAACUUAACAGAACAAGCAUCAAGGGCAAAUGUGCAACCUAUAAUGAUUGAUUUCCCUUCAUCUUAUGUGCUUCCGAUUUCUAUAACUAAGAAUAUUGAUAAUAUUCAUAGAACAGAUUAUGAUAAUCAAUUAAGAAUUUUGCAUGAUAAUCGAAAUAGGCAGCCACAUGAUUUUAGUGAUGUAACUCCUAAAAAACGAGGGAAAGGUGAUAUUAUUUGGUAUAGAGGACCUGCUAUACAUGCAGAGGAAAGACUGCUAAAUUUAGGAAGUGAGUAUAACCAACUAUCUCUAAAUAGAUGGAUGAACCAAAAUAAGAGACAAAAAUUGGAAGGCUACGAAUACACUGUUGUUGAAGAGUCUAUAAAUGAGUCUGAAGAUGUUGAUGAUUCAGAUGACGAGGAGAAUAUGCUUCCGGAUACAUUUCCGAUGGGUCUACGUCCAUCAGCUGCUCAUAUGGCUUACAGAUUGCGUGCAUUUGAGGAAUGA